ACGAAGUAUUUUACUUUUUCUUCUUUUCUUUCUGUCUCGAAGAAAAAAACAUGUUUUAGGGCUCUUCCCCCUUUUUGACUCAUUCCCCACCGAAACCAGUUUUUUCUUUUUGGGAGGAGACGUGGAUCUAUUAAUCUCUACUUUCCUUCUUCAUUUUCAGAUUAUCCUCAUCCGAUCGGUAUAUUUUUCCUUAUAUAUUGCUUUUAGUUUUAGCAAUAAUUUGGUGUUUUUUUCUUCUAUUUUGGGCGUAUGGAUUGGUUUUUUUGAGGUCAAGACUUAAUUUAUCAAGGUGGUUGAACGAGAACUGCCAACUGCUGUUUUAAUUAAUGGCUUCAGUCAGCAUGGCGCCCACUUCUGGGCUCAGAGAAACCAGUGGUAAUAAUGCCGGUGUUGAUAAGUUGCCCGAAGAAAUGAAUGAUAUGAAAAUUAGAGAUGAGAAGGAGAUGGAAGCAACCGUUGUUGAUGGAAAUGGUACAGAAACAGGACAUAUCAUUGUGACGACUAUUGGUGGAAGAAAUGGCCAGCCAAAGCAGACAAUAAGCUAUAUGGCAGAGCGUGUCGUGGGACAUGGGUCGUUUGGAAUUGUGUUUCAGGCCAAGUGCUUAGAAACUGGUGAAACUGUUGCCAUAAAAAAGGUCCUUCAAGACAAGAGGUACAAAAAUCGUGAGCUGCAGACCAUGCGUCUGUUAGAUCACCCAAAUGUUGUGUCGCUGAAGCACUGUUUCUUUUCAACAACCGAAAAAGACGAGCUUUAUCUUAACCUGGUGCUUGAGUAUGUACCUGAGACCGUUCACCGUGUCAUCAAGCACUACAACAAGAUGAACCAACGAAUGCCAUUGAUAUACGUAAAACUCUAUACAUACCAGAUUUGUAGGGCAUUGGCUUAUAUCCAUGGUAGUAUUGGAGUAUGUCACAGAGACAUUAAGCCUCAAAAUCUUUUGGUAAAUCCGCAUACUCAUCAGCUGAAGUUGUGCGACUUUGGAAGUGCUAAAGUUUUGGUAAAAGGAGAGCCAAACAUAUCAUACAUUUGCUCUAGGUAUUACAGAGCACCGGAGCUUAUAUUUGGAGCCACUGAGUACACUUCAGCCAUUGACAUCUGGUCUGCUGGCUGUGUUCUUGCAGAGCUACUCCUUGGACAGCCUCUCUUUCCUGGCGAAAGCGGAGUUGACCAGCUUGUUGAAAUUAUCAAGGUAUUGGGUACCCCAACUAGGGAGGAAAUCAAGUGCAUGAAUCCUAACUACACAGAGUUUAAGUUUCCACAAAUUAAAGCUCACCCAUGGCACAAGAUAUUUCAUAAGCGAAUGCCACCAGAAGCUGUUGAUUUGGUGUCAAGACUUCUGCAGUACUCUCCCAACCUACGUUCCACAGCUUUGGAGGCCUUGAUGCAUCCGUUCUUUGAUGAGCUACGUGAUUCAAGCAGUCGCCUUCCUAAUGGACGUCUCUUACCCCCACUCUUCAACUUUAAACCUCACGAACUGAAGGGAGUGCCAGCGGAGAUUUUAGUGAAGUUGGUCCCCGAGCACGCGCGAAAGCAAUGCCCAUUCCUUGGUUUGUGAUUUCAAUCUGCAUAUGCAUAGUAAAAUGCCUCACCUUGAUUACCAAUUAUCAUAUGUAAGCUUCCGUAAUUUUCUCUUCUUUUUCCAUAGUGUUUCUACUUUGUUGUAAUAGCAGAAUAAGAAAGUUUCUGCUUAGGUUUUACCUUCAAAUAUCAAUGUGUGGAGAUGUAUGUUGCUGACCGAUGUUGCUAAACGGCCAAGACAGAUUGUAACAUUAUUGUAUGUAGAUUUAAGAAGAAAACAUAACUUUUUCUUCCCACCUCAGCGAUGCAUUGUAAAGGGAGAUUCAUGAAUCAUGGAUGCCGGGAGUUGGUGAUAAUAAUAUGUGGUUUUUAUGCA